AUUUGUUUUUAUAGGCUAUUUUAUGAUUAAAAACUCAAUCAAAUUCAAAAUUAAUAUAUAUAUAAAUGUUAUUAUUUAAGAUAAUUUUUUUAUUGAAAUUUCCAUCAUGUUUUGUGCAUAUUUAUUUGAACAAUUAGUUAUGUUUCUACCUCCUCUCAACACGCUUUGCUAGGGGCUUUGCCCUUUGACAAAAUAUUGAUGUCAAAUCGUGCAGAGGCAUGAGCACAACACAUUGGAAACACUGGAUAAGUAACAAUGCCGGUUAAGGAGUUUACAUGCAAUGCAAAGGAAAGCCUUUUAAUGCAUUUAUAUGACCACACACAUUGUCAGUUUAUUAAGCAAAAUCGGUGUAAGAAAGCGUGCUUCAGGGUUAAGCAUAAACAGGACCAACUAGCUUCGUGAAAAAGGUCUCAGAAGGUGCUGGUUUAUUUAUUUAUUUAUUUAUUUAUUUAUUAUUUUUUUACUUUAAAUGGCACAAACAUGUACUAUGUGGAAGAGUUGUGAAUAACUGCCUCAAGCCUGUAAAUGUUUUUUUUUUUUUUUUUUUUUUUUUUCAUGGAUGCAAUACUCAUCCCUGCCUCCAGGGAGUAUUUCACAGAGAUGUGUAGAAAUAUGUGAUAGAAGAAGAGUGAAGAAGAUGCACAAGGAAGUAUUGUUGUGUGUUCAUGUUGAUUUUGUCAUUCCAUCUAAAGUCCCGAUUGAGGAAAGUUAUUUUGUUCAACACUUAUCCUGCCUGCAUUCAUGUAUCCACUUUAAAUGAGACAUCUGAGACUGGGGGGGGGUUAAUCUCAGUUGCCUCCGCUUCUGAGACCGUCAGUCCGCACAUUUUAUCACAUGGCAGGACAGGAGCUGCUCUGGUUGAGAUCUGCGAUCUGCUCCUCCAUACCACACAGCGAUCCUGAUUCACCCCGCAGUGAAAAAAGUUGGAAUAUAAAGAAGAACAACACCCAGUGUAACCACUGAAGUCUACUGACAUACUAUUGCAAAAAUGAAGUCUGUUAAAGAGGAACAAAGAGACUCAAUUGAAGUGAAUGAGAAAACUCAAGAACUGAAUGACGUGGAGGAGAAACAUCAUGAUCAAACAUUUGAUCAUUUCAUGACUAGUGAAGAACCUUUUACUGUCUCAAAGACUGAAAUUAUUUUUUCACAGAAAAGAACUCGAAAGACAAGAGACAAAAAUUCUUUCACCUGCUCUCACUGUGGAAAGAGUUUUGCAUGUAAUGCAGAUAUUAAGCGUCACAUGAAAAUCCACACUGGAGAGAAGCCGUUCACAUGCCUUCAAUGUGGAAAGAGUUUUACACAUAAGGGAGAUCUUAAGCGCCACAUGAGGAUCCACACUGGAGAAAAGCCUUACACAUGCUCUCAGUGUGGAAGGAGUUUUACACAAAAAGGAAACCUUAACACUCACUUAACAUUUCACACUGGAGUGAAGCCAUUCACCUGUCUUCAGUGUGGAAAGAGUUUUGCACAUAAAGGAGAUCUUCAGCAUCACAUGAGAAUUCACACUGGAGAGAAACCUUUCAUCUGCGCUCAGUGUGGCAAGAGUUUUGCAAAUAAAGGAGAUCUUAAGCGUCACAUGAGAAUUCACACUGGAGAAAAGCCUUACAGAUGUCUUCAGUGUGGAAAGAGUUUUACACAAACAAGCCAUCUCAAAAUUCAUCUGCACUAUCACUCUGGAUUGAAGCCAUUUAACUGUGAUCAGUGUGGCAAGACAUUUCCGCUAGCAUCACAGCUAAAGGUUCAUCUGAUAACUCAUGCAAAUGAGAAGCCAUAUGUUUGUUCUUUUUGUGGAAAGAGUUUCGUUACAUCAUCAAUCCUGAAAGCACAUGAGAGAGUGCAUACUGGAGAGAAGCCAUACCACUGCGCAUCAUGUGGAAAAAGUUUUAGCCAAUUAAGCAAUCUCAAACUUCAUAUGCGCUUGCAUUCUGGAUAAAGCAAUUUAACAGUGUGGCAAGACAAUUAUGGGUGCAGCACAGCUAAAGCUACACCUGACAUCUCAUGCAAAUGAAAAGCCUUGCGUGUGUUCUUUUUGUGGAAAGAGUUUUGUUGCAUCAAGGAACAUGAAAAACCAUGAGUGUAUACUUGAGAGAUGCUGUUUAAAUGCACUUCAUGUGGGAAGAGUUUCAGCCUCUCAAGUAACUUAAGGACUAAUAAAAAAAUAAAUAAUACAAAAAUUGUCAAACUGUGAGUGAGCAAUGUUAAUUUCAGGGCCAAAUUUGACUAAACGUAAUACAGUGUCAAUCAAUUCACUAGAUCCUGUUUUGAGUACUUAAUAUGGUUACAUUCACACACAGUUCAGUUAUAUAUGAGAGUGACAACCGCAUUCUAUAACUGAACUGAAACACCUGCAAAUUUCCAGGACUCACAACCGCAUUCUCGGCAAACCCACGCUGUGUGAACGGAACCGUACUGCACAACUAGUUGUUAGUUACGUGAUUUAAUGUGAGAGAGCCAGGCUGCACUGUACACAUGUGUCUUGUUAGUGUCAUGUGGGGUUUCGUUUCUAAAUUAAAAUUGCACUUUAAACUAAACGCAAAAAGCUAUAAAAUAAUGAAGCAAUCAAAAAAUCUUAAAUAACCACCUCCCAAAAUCCAAACAUUUACCAUCUCCAACGCCUCCAUUUGCCAUCACAUAAGCAUCCGUCAACGACAACAGGUGGAAAAUUACUAAUAGCCUACACAUUAAGAACUGAAGACAAUUAUAAAUAAUAAUAAUUAAAAGAUAAUAAUAAUCAAGGUGAACGUGUCUUGUAUUAUUUUAUGACAUAAUCGCUUUCGUCUUUGUUUCUUUAAUAGAAAGAUAUUUAUUACUGAACCUGCAUGUUAACUGUGAACUGGUCCAUGGAAAUAAAGCAAACUAAACUCACAGUACCUCCUGAGAUGAUCGGAGAUCAUUUGCAGCAUUCUCAUAGAUGACAUUAUCCAUGCAAACAGUUUUCAGACAAACAAAACAGAGAAAAAAAGAGUGAAAACUCUUUAAAUGCGCUUGUUACACGAGACGGUGUUCCACAUAACAGGCUCGUGCUGCACGCCUCUGAACAAACAGCGAAUCAGACACGAGCAUUGGCAGCUUGUCUUUUGUCUGUUCUUAAAAAUAUAAUAAAGUGUGUUACUUCAAGCUUGUGUCUUUGUGACUAACAGCAUUUCUUGUCAUGUGUCACUCCGAGACGUCUUACAGGUCGCCAGCCUGUUGCGGGUAGAUGAGCAAAAUUACCCGCGCAUGAAAUACCUGCAUUUGGACAAGGAGCUCACAAAUUCAGCCUUCUCGCAUUUUGCGGCUGCCGGUGAUAGUUUCACACCCUGGGCUACUGUUUAAUAUAUUUGCUGGCUUCCCAGAUCCAUGGUUUUGCCAUUUCCUGAUAUUGUCGAUCAUCGUCUGUCAAUUGAGUGUUGCAAUUGUCAUCGGAAUCUUUGUAAGAUAUCGUCGAUAUCUGAUAACAUCAUCCUAUCGCCCAGCCCUAGAGGACAGAUGUUUUUUUUUUUUUUUUUUGCCAAAGGUGUAAGUAGACUUAGUUAUUCUUGAUUGUUUUUCCACCAUUCCAGUGACCGACCAGUCUUUCUGUCAGUCAGUGGCUCCUGGAAAUAACGGUCCAGCUUGUCAGAGAAGUUAACUCUGUCUUCAACAAAAGUUCCACGAUGAGCUCCGAGAAUGUCUGCAUAAUUUGAUCAAGUCCAGGGGGUUCCUCUGUCUCUCUCCAUACUGUUUAGGACUUCAUGGUCCUUAAUCUCCUGCAUGUGCAGUGGUGGUUAUGAUUGUUCUUAGGAAGUAGCAUGUCCUUCCGUUAACCAUUGUUUGGCCUUAUUCAGUGUGUCUGCUGCUGUGAAGAUAUAGCCCUAAUAGCGAGGAUCCAGCAGUGUUGCCAGCAUCAAACAUUUGCUGUCCUCAUUUUUUGCAAGUCUCUUUUCCAAGCUCUGCAACAUUGCCUGCCAUAGUGUUUUGAUUCCACUGGUUGUGGGACCCUCAUUUGAAAUGAUAUCCCAUUGCUCCGCAGUUGGGCAUGUCAUUUUCCCAUGUUCCCCUACACACCCCAAAGUUAGAUUGGGGCCAGCAUUUUCAAGUGCAAUAAGUGUUUUGGUCUUGUCUGUAACUUUUUUUUGUGCACACUGUCAAGAAUGUCUGUGUGGUAGUAUUUGUUAUUCUUCAGGUUAUACCUACAGCCAACAGUGCUGGAAGCCAACAUCUGAAACUAUUGAACAGAGAUGAUUGUCUGUGGCAAUCAUCUCUGUUAUUAAAAUGUUGAUAACUUUGGACCUAGAAUACAAUUUCGCCAUUUUAUUUGAGUAUAAAAUAUUUAGGUCAAAGUUAUCUAAACUCUUCCCUGUGAGGCAAAGCUAGCAGCAUCAUCUUCUGUGCUUCUUUAUUAAGAAAAAUGUGGGAAGUCUUUGGGUGACCCCAUAUGUUUGUUGUGUCUGUACCUGGUGCUGGCUCAGUGAUGUACUGCCAUAGAUGAUUUGUUUUCUGUCCAGCCAUCUAGCAGAAAAUAAAAUUCAAAAUGCAUAAUUUAUAUGACUGUCCUGUUUAAUAUGUCAGUGUUUUUUGUGAUAACAAAUUCAACAUGGCCAUGAAAGUGAUGCCCACUUUCAGUAAAUCUGGAAAAUGUACCAUCUGGAAUAUUAGACAAAUGUAUAACUCUUAAAAUUAAUAAUUUUGGAAAAAAUGCUAAAAUUUGAUGUCCUCAUAUGUGGACAGCAUGAAUAAGUUGUGAAAUUUUACAAUAAUACCAAGCUAUAGAAAGUCAGAUUUCUUAUCAAAUUGUUUACGUUUCCAGGAGUGUUGGUUAUUCAUGUUUUUGAGAUGUUACAAACAUUGUAGCUGAUUUUCUGUAAAGCUGCUUUGGAACCAUGUGUAUUGGGAAAAGCACAAAUAAUAAACUAUACAAAUAAAAAUUACUU